AACAUUCUGGUCGUCACAUCCUCCAUCCAAUCUUCUCCUUAUCUAUCUGAACCUCAAACUUUAUAUUUGUUCCCCUUACCUUAACCGUCAUGGAUCCCAAGUCCGCCAGUAACCUCUCCUUCAUCCUCAACAAGCAAAAGGAUCUAUGCUUCGCCAACCGCCCCCUGCCAUCCCUCUCCGGGCCCCACGAUGUCCUCGUCGCUGUUAACUAUACUGGAAUCUGUGGUUCCGACGUACACUACUGGCAGCACGGCGCCAUUGGCCAUUUCGCUGUCAAGAAACCUAUGAUUUUGGGCCACGAAUCGGCUGGCACCGUUGUCGAAGUCGGCUCCUCCGUCACCAGUCUCAAAGCUGGUGACCGCGUCACCAUCGAACCCGGAUACCCGUGCCGUCGCUGCCCGCCAUGCCUCAGCGGGCAUUACAACCUCUGUCCCGAGAUGCGGUUCGCGGCUACCCCGCCCCACGACGGCACACUGACGGGCUUCUGGGUUGCGCCGUCUGAUUUCUGCUUCAAAUUGCCCGAGCACGUAAGUCUGCAGGAGGGAGCCCUGAUCGAGCCCCUUGCUGUCGCGGUGCACAUCGUACGCCAGGCUGUUAUCACGCCGGGACAGUCCGUAGUGGUCAUGGGCGCCGGCCCUGUAGGACUUUUCUGCGCGGCGGUGGCGAGGUCAUUUGGCGCGACCAAGGUGUGCUCAGUCGAUAUUGUCGAUUCAAAGCUCCAGUUCGCCAAGGAAUUCUCCAGCACCCACACGUACAUCUCGCAACGUGUGUCGGCCGCAGAGAACGCCGCCAACAUAAAAAAAACGUGUGGGCUUCCUGAGGGUGCAGAUGUCGUUCUUGACGCCUCUGGGGCGGAACCCUCGAUCCAGACGUCGCUGCAUACGGUGCGCAUGGGCGGUACGUAUGUGCAGGGCGGUAUGGGCAAGUCCGAUAUCACCUUCCCCAUUAUGGAGUUGUGUCUCAAGGAGGUAACGGCCAAGGGCUCGUUCCGAUACGGCAGUGGAGACUACAAGCUGGCCGUUGAGCUGGUUGCUAGCGGCAAGGUGAAUGUCAAAAAGUUGAUCAGCGAAACUGUGGCGUUCAAGGACGCUGAGCAGGCGUUUGAGAAGGUCAAGGAGGGGCAAGUCAUUAAGGUGUUGAUUGCAGGGCCAAAUGAGAAGCUCUAGGAGGGCCGAGUGGCUACUACAGCGAAGGAGCCGGGCAUGGCUCCUCGUCCAAAUGUCAAGAAACGUAGGCUCGAGGGUCUAUUUGCACCAGGGGAUGAUAUAAAGCGUCAUAAUUUGCCUACAGGUUGUUGAGCGCGGGGUUGACGAUAGUAUGACUUGUGAGAGGGAU